GCCUGCCCCGCGGACCCCUGAAGCUGCUGUCCCCAGCGCGCGGCCACCCGGCUUCCGCAGCUGUCAGAAAUACCCUUCCCAGCCAUCCAACCUCCUGGUCCUCUCCGGCUUGGCCCCAUGGAGCCCGCGGUGUUGGCUCCUCACCACCUUCCGCACCACGAACCCAUCAGCUUCGGCAUUGAUCAGAUCCUGAGCGGCCCCGAACCCCCGGGGAGCGGUCUGGGCCCGGGGCAGGCGGGCCAGAGCCACGGGGAGAAUGCAGCGUUCUCCGGUGGAUUCCACGGAGCCUCGGGCUAUGCUGCAGCCGGCUCUCUGGCCCCGUUGCCUAGAGGCUCGGGAGUGGGCCCCGGCGGCGUGAUCCGUGUCCCGGCGCACCGCCCGCUGCCGGUUCCGCCGCCGCCCUCGGGUGCGGCUCCCGCGGUGCCGGGACCCUCCGGUUUGGGUGGUGCUGGGGGCCUAGCGGGACUCACCUUCCCCUGGAUGGACAGCGGCCGCCGCUUUGCAAAGGACAGGCUCACGGCUGCGCUCUCGCCCUUCUCUGGGACACGUCGAAUAGGCCACCCCUACCAAAAUCGGACCCCCCCGAAGCGCAAGAAGCCGCGCACCUCCUUUUCCCGCUCGCAGGUGCUGGAGUUGGAGCGACGCUUCCUGCGCCAGAAGUACCUGGCCUCGGCAGAGAGGGCGGCGCUGGCCAAGGCCCUGCGCAUGACGGACGCGCAGGUCAAGACCUGGUUCCAGAACCGACGCACCAAGUGGCGGCGCCAGACGGCGGAGGAGCGGGAGGCCGAGCGGCACCGCGCGGGCCGCCUGCUGCUCCACCUGCAGCAGGAAGCGCUGCCCAGGCCGCUGCGGCCACCGCUGCCACCGGACCCGCUCUGCCUGCACAACUCAUCGCUCUUCGCGCUGCAGAAUCUGCAGCCGUGGGCCGAGGACAACAAGGUGGCUUCAGUGUCCGGGCUCGCCUCGGUGGUGUGAGCGACCCUUGCUCGAGGAGCGCCACCGUGGACAGGUGCCAGCGGAGCAUGA